AUGGCUGCCGCCAUUAUUCUCCAGCUUGUGAUGGACGCGGCGGCCAUUUUGGUUUUCACCAUGCGGUCUCUGGCUGCUCGGUUCGCCGCUCAGGAGUCGUGGGUGGUCACUGCCUCCCCGGUGGGGUCCGGGAUAACCCCCCCGGCCCACGGGGGGGAGAACGGGGCCCUCUGUAAGCGCGUGGGAGGUCCCGCCGGACUAAGCACGGGAGACCGGCCGCAUCUCCCGCCAGAGCCUCAUGACAGGCCGCAGUUCCAGCCGCCCAGCAGUUUUCAUCGCCG